GGUAGCUUUGAACUGCGACGAAUGUGGCUCACUAGUGCUAAGAAAAUAUUGCCUUUGUUUUCUUCUGUAGUUAGGACAAUUUGAUGUCCAAUUUAGGGUUUGUUGAUUGUCAGUUUCCAAAAAUUAAGACUAUAUGUUAAUUUCAGCAUAAUCUGGUUGAGGAACAAACUAAAGCUUCUGGCGAUGUGCGUAGCGGCGCGGCGCCCCCUGAGCCGCUACUGAGUCCGCCCGGCCGACCGUCGCCGUGCACCAUGUCGCUGCCUGUGCCGCGCACGCUGGAGCCGCCGGCGCUGGCCGUGCUGGCGGCGCGCGUGCUGGUGCAGCACCCGUGGGCGCUGGGCUCGCGCGGCUCGCACUACCCGUGGGACACCAGCUGGCGGGUGUCGCGGUACGUUCUGCUGACUGAGGAGGUGGCCGACCUGCUACUGGCCGAGUGCCGCCGGCUGCGGCCGCAGAACGGCUUCCUCUCGCUGCUCUCGGACGCCGGUGGCCGCACCCGCCGCGUGCGGCUGCAGACCGUGGACGUGCGCGGCCUGCCCGUGGACGCCGGCCAGCUGGUCCGACUGAUGGUCGACCGGCCGCGCGUGCUCCGCUUCGACUCGGCCGUGGAGUUCUCGGCGGACAGUCUGUGCGCGCUGCGCGACCGGUGCGUCCAGCUGCGCCAGCUGACCGUCAGCGGCCGAUCCGCGCCCACGCCCAUGUUCAUGGACGCGUCACUGCGAGCCACCGACCUGGAGAAGCAGCUGGCCGCCGACCAGCCGGCGCUGCUGCCCUGUCCGCAGCUGCGCUCGUUUACCAUGGUCGGGUCGGCGUCAGUUCGGUUCUGUCCCACCCAGAGCUACCUGGACGCCCUGCUGCGCGGAUUCUCCUCGCUGACUCACCUGGAGCUAAGCAACGUCUACUCGGACGUGGACGUGUCGUUCGUGGCGCGUAUGCCGCGUCUGGUGGCGCUGGUGCUGCACAACGUCAGUAUCGUCUCGAUGGAGCGUCUGGCCGUACUGUCCGAGCUGCGUCACCUGGACAUCUCGUCACCGCCGCCGGUCGCGGGCCGUCGCCGCCGUCCGCCGGCCGACCCGGACCGGCUGCUGGAGCGACUGGUGCGCGGAAUGCCGCAUCUCGAACACCUGGAUAUAUCAGGCACAGCGCUGGCCGGACCGGGCGUGCACUGCUGCCCGGCCACCGAGCCGCACAAGCUCUGCGACAUCGUGGGCCUGAGCAGCCGCGUCGGACGGCCGCUCCAGUUCCUGGGCAUCUACGGCUGCAACGCGUCCCACCGGAAACACAUCCCGGCGCUGCGGAUCGGCGGAGACAUCGGCGAGACGCAGCUGCUGCUGGCGGCGGCCGCGCACCGGCGCCACGUCUUCAUGGUGGCCGACGUGCUGGAGCAGCUGGAGAUGCUGCUGCAGAUGAACAACGGCGUCACCCGCUGGCAGGAGAUCCUCCACUUGGCGCUCGACUCCAUGGACGAGUUCUCCUUCUGCAAGGACAUUCAUAUCCGGUGCGGUGCCAUCAUUCAGACCAUCACGUCCAGCCGCGUGUGGCACGCGGCGCUCACUGAGGUGGAGCGGCAGCGCGUGCUUCGGCAGCUGUUCCGCUCGGUGGCUCUCUACCGCAAGUCGGUCCGGCUGCGACACUUCAUCGCCAUGACUCUCAUGAACUUUGACGUGCCCCGGGAGAUGAUGUUUUGCUUCGAGGGUUUCCUAGACACGCUGAGUCAUAUGCUGAGUGGUCUGCUCAGCGAACGGGACAAUUUCGUAGAGCGCGUACUUAUCUUCUUGCUGAACAAGACCUGCUGCGAUGUGGAUGGCCGUCGAAAGGUGAUGGUGGGAGAGCGAGGUCUGGUGAAGAUGCUGCUGAAAGCCAUCCACGCCCGCCUGCAGGACCACAUCUGCGACGACGUCAUGUGCUGCCUGUGGUCCUGUCUGUGGAACGUCACGGACGAGACACCGGAGAACUGCGCGCUGUUCCUCGACAACCGGGGCAUGCGCCUCUUCACCCAGUGUCUGUCCAAGUUCAAGACGGACUCGGGCGACCUAGUGCGCAAUAUGAUGGGUCUGGUGGGCAACAUCGCCGAGGUUCAGCACCUACGCGCUCACUUCAUGACCAAGGAGACGGUGGAGACGUUCCUGCGACUGCUGAACUACUCGUCUGCCGACCUGGAGAUCAGCUACCACGCGGCCGGCGUGCUCUCCAACAUGCUCUCGGACGGGCCGUCGGCCUGGACGCUGUCCGAGCCGGGCUGUGUCGAGGUGUCGGCCCGCCUGGAGCGCGCCGUCCGCGGCUGGAACGUGAUGGCCGAGCGCAGCAUCAACUACCGCAGUCUGGCGCCCAUCAUCCGGCUGCUGCGCUGUGACGUUCCGGAGAGCCAGCUGUGGGCCGCCUGGGCGCUGGCCAACCUGACGCAGGCGGUGCCGGAGCGCUACGGCCGUAUGGUGGAGGAGGAGGGCGGCGCGCGCCUGCUGCGCCUGGUGGCCGCCGCCGGAGACCAGGGCAGCUACCUGGUGCGGCUGGCGCAGCUCUGUCUCGGCACUGUGGAUAGAUACCGGGACGGCGGCGACGGCGACGGGCUGGCCGCCUGAGCCGGAGUCGGACUCAACUGUGAUAUGUGUGGACGCGCCGGCGCCGGCCGCGGGACUGAUACCAGAGGACACAGGCGUGCCGCACUAUGUUCAGUGCCGUCUUAUUGCGUCACGCCGCACGAAGAUAUGGUUAACUCUGCGCGUGUGGCGUCUCACCUUAGGCACCGAUGGACCGUAUUAUGUUUUACCUACUUGGUUUGCCUCGAAUCUGCUAUCUGUGUGUAUCGGCUUACGUUGGCGAUGGUGGCAAUUUUCUGUUACCCGGUGUUAGUGGGAUUAGGAAGCUAACACAACUGCGGAUAACUUUUUCAACGGAUCGUGUGGGCUGCCAAUUCGGACCGAGCACCGGGAGUAACGCAGAUGUCUUUGAUCUAUCCUAACAUGUUAUCCCUGGCUUCACCCGCGGCAGUGCUGCGACCUUGCAAUAUUUCACCGGGCGCCGGCGGAUUCAUUUGUACACCUUCAUAGUGUUCUAUUGAAAUGUUUUAUGCAUUUGAUAUAUCUGCUGUUACACCGAACGCCAAAAGAGCCAUGACCGUUAUGGGCAGUGAGUUGUAGGCAGUCGAUGAUGCCGUGGUCAGAUCUGAGGAGUGAUGGCGGUGUGAUUUCGAUACAGGCCACCGCCGCGGCCGAUGUGCUUCUGUGCAGGAUACCGAAAGGACUGAACUAGGAGAGCUCUUCAUCGUGGACGCUGCUAAAAGGUGGCUGGUAAUGCUGAGGACCGCUGACUGUCGGAAUCUACUCUGGACUGGCGACAGAAUGGCCCAAAUGGGUGAGAGACUGAAGACUCCCAGAGGCGCUCUACUGACGGCGUACUUACCGGAAUGAUUCCAAGAAGGAAAACACCAUAAUGGGAAUAGUUGGGACAGCCAACUCCAAAAAUGGAAACUUAUGACUUAUCUCAAAACGGUCAUAAAAAGCACUAAUUCAGGUGUGAAAUAGUUUUUUAUCAACAGCUCAAUAGGACAAACUUGGGCUUUUCAUGUGGUGGCAUUGCCCUACGGUUGGCCCAAACUUUGGCCAGAUUUUUGCAGCGGAUUCAACUAAGUCACUUUUUCGGUUGAUGGUCUGUAGAAAGAAAAACUUUAUGUAACCUGCGAGAAAUGCGAGGAUAUUUAGUGGUGCUCGUGCAAUUUUGUCACUUGGAUAUUCAAUAAAUACCUUAUGCUGU